CUGGACGCCUACGCAGAAGGCAGUUCCUGUAUGUUCACUAUAAGAAAGAACCUGCUUCUACUACCAAACCCUCUUCAACUGGAGUCACAACAUUAUCAGCAUGCUCUUCUUACAGCUCCUCCUGCUCUCCGGGGUUCUCUCCGCCGUCCCCGCGGUCGAUCCUCUCCGCACCUUCCAGUUCCGGAGCCCUCGGACCGGGGAGGACCUGACGUGUGACCGGUGUCCACCAGGCACCCACAUGACCGCGCACUGCACCGCCUCCACGGCCACCCAGUGCGCGGCGUGCCGGAGGGAGCACUUCACCGAGCUAUGGAACCACCUGUCCCGGUGUCUGUACUGCGACAGCUUCUGCACCGCCAACCAGGAGGUGGAGACCGAGUGCUCGGCGCUCAGCAACCGGGUGUGUCGGUGCAAGGAGGGCUUCUACUGGGCCAGCGACUUCUGUGUGCGACACUCGGAGUGCGAGCCCGGGGAUGGCGUGCAAACCCAGGGUACGUUGCAGAAGAACACUGUUUGUGAACAGUGUUCCGAUGGCUACUUCUCCAACUCGUCUUCUGCUCUGGAAACGUGCGUAAGGCAUCAGGAAUGUGCAAUUGGACAGAUUGUGCUGCUUCCCGGCUCAGUUUACCACGACUCGGUGUGUGGCACCUGCGAGGAGCUUGCAAAUGGAGGUGAGACACUCAGGACCGUCCUCUCAGACUUCUUCUCAAUGCACAGGAUGCGUGUGGUAAAGAUGAGGAGAUUUGUCACCAGGUACAUCAACAGUUCGGCCCCCAGACAGAGAGGCCCUCUCAUGCAUCUGAUCACAGUGUGGCUGGCCCAGGCUCCAGAGGAGCAGCUGAGAAAACUGCCACAGAUGCUGAAGGCCUCACACCUCAAAAACAUAGCAGAAAAACUGGAGAAGAGACUCAUGGAGAUCCAGCAGCAGAGUCCAAGCUGUAGCUUAAAUCUAUUAGACUGACAGCCCAUGGUAUAUGUAGGAGUAUGACAUUUUGGCCUACAGGCCUUGAGACUAAUUAAAAGCCACAUACCUCAGUGUGAUACAGCUGAAUUUUUUGCCUAUUUGAAAAGCACUUGAAAAGUAUUUACCACAUUGUUUAUUUGCCUGUGAGAGUGUAUGCAUUGCCACGUUGACCUAGUGAUGUUUCGUAGAAAUCAGUGAGGAAUAGAUGACAGAUACAUGAAAAGCAUGAUGAUGGACUGUUUCCAUUGAUUGGAUAUGGAUGUACUUACAUCUACAGAUGAAUUUGAAUAUUGCAUCAAGGCUGCAAACAUCGAAAUGUUGAAAAAGAAUACUUGUAAACCAACAUUCUGAUUUGCCCUCUGUUACAUUUGUGUCUCGGUCAAAUCUCAAUCAGAUUUAUAUUGGAAGAAAAAGUCCAAACUUGGGAGAACUUUACAAGUAAAUGCGAAAUUUGCUAAUAUUUUGAACGACAUUUAAUAGCAUGUCUGAGUGUUUCCAACAAUGUAGGACUAAAAUAAACAAUUUUUACUAUAGAAAUGUGUGUAAAAAAUUGUAUCAGAUUAACCAAGCCUGGCUGUAAUUUAACCAAAUGACCACUGGGUGUCGCCCUCCUCCAUCUUUACCGCUGGUCAUUGUAGACAUAUUUUAACAUAUUCAAAAUAGUUAAUUUACAAACACAGUGUUUUCUAAUCAUCAAAAUGACCUUUUUCAUGCAUCAAAACCUGUUUCUCACUGACUCUGUGACCGUAUACCUGUUGGGACCAUCCAUCAUUCCACAAUAAAAGCACUGCUCAAUA